AUGCCUGAAUUCGCACCCUUGAAGAACGACUUGAUUCUCAGAGCUGCCAGAGGCGAGAAGGUCGAAAGACCACCUAUUUGGAUCAUGAGACAAGCUGGAAGAUAUCUUCCUGAAUACCACGAAGCCAAAGGUAACAGAGAUUUCUUUGAAACUUGUAGAGAUGCAGAGAUAGCAUCGGAAAUCACUAUUCAGCCCGUAAACCACUUUGAUGGCUUAAUAGAUGCAGCCAUCAUCUUCAGUGAUAUCUUGGUGAUUCCCCAGGCCAUGGGAUUCGAGAUUGAGAUGCUCGAAGGUAAAGGUCCAGUAUUCGUAGCUCCUUUGAGAUCUCCUGAUGAUUUGGCUAGAGUAAACUUCCAGCCUGAUGUCUUGAAGAGUUUGGACUGGGCGUUCAAGUCCAUCACUCUUACCAGAACCAAAUUGAACGGCAGAGUGCCAUUGUUGGGCUUUGUAGGAGCACCUUGGACUUUGUUGGUUUAUAUGACCGAAGGUCAGGGUUCCAAGAUGUUCCGUUUUGUCAAGGAAUGGAUCUACAAAUAUACUGAAGAGUCACACAAAUUGUUACAGGCCAUCACAGAUGCCUGUGUCGAAUUCUUAGCUCAACAAGUUGUUGCUGGAGCUCAGAUGUUGCAGGUUUUCGAGUCUUGGGCCGGUGAAUUGGGACCUCGUGAGUUUGACGAGUUCUCGUUGCCAUACUUGAGACAGAUCGCUGAAAAAUUACCAAAGAGACUUGUAGAACUCGGAGUGACGGAAAAGAUCCCCCUAACUGUAUUUGCCAAGGGUGCCUGGUAUGCCUUGGACGAUCUCUGUGAAUCUGGCUACGACACUGUUUCCUUGGAUUGGUUGUAUAAGCCAGAAGACGCUGUCAAGGUGGUCAACAACAGAAGAAUCACUUUGCAAGGGAACUUAGAUCCAGGUAUCAUGUACGGUUCAGAUGAAGUGAUCUCUCAAAAGGUAGAAGAAAUGAUCAAGGGCUUUGGAGGUGGAAAACAAAACUACAUCAUCAACUUUGGUCAUGGAACUCAUCCAUUCAUGAAGCCCGAGAAGAUCGAGCAUUUCUUGAAGGAAUGCCAUAAGUAUGGUUCCCAAUAG